AGAAAAAUUAGGUCACUCCCUCCCGCUCCCAAUUUUGGUUUCAAUUAACUUUUCAAAUAUCGCACUCCAAGGCGGAAGCCACCGUCGAGCCGCCAUGACGGACGCCACCGCCGUUGACUCAGCAUCGAACGGCGAGCCCAACCAGAAGCGAACUAGAGAGGACAACGUUGACGAAGAAAACGGCGUUUCGAAGAAGCAGAAGGUGGAGGCAGAAGAAAAACGUUCGAACGGAGAGGAUGAAGAAGAGAAGAAGAAACCCUCAGGUCCCGUGAAAUUGGGGUUCAAAAACUUCGCUUCUUCCGUCGAAAUGUUCGAUUAUUUCUACAAUCUCCUUCAUACCUGGCCCCCCAAUCUCAAUCUUAACAAGUAUGAACAUACAAUGUUACUGGAAUUGCUUAAGAAGGGCCAUGCAGAGGGUGAUGAUAAGAUUGGAGGAGGAAUCCGUGUUUUUCAAGUCCGGAAGCAUCCAAUGUGGAAAAGUAGGUGCUUCUUCCUCAUCAGAGAGGAUGAAUCUGUUGAUGAUUUUAGCUUCCGCAAAUGUGUGGAUCAUAUUGUUCCCUUGCCAGAAGAGAUGCAGGUGAAAGCUGAUGCAAACAAGGCAUUGGGUGGAGGAAAGCGUCAUCAUGGGAGAAAGGGAGGGUCCAAACAUUGAUUGCAAUGGUGAAUGCUAGUUUUUUGUUGUUGCUAAAAAUCAAAUGUCUAGUUUCAUGUCUACUUGGCAUUUGGCAAGCUUAUUUCAUGAUACCUGCUGACUGUAGCUGUUGUAUACUUCAGUUUCUGACCUUUUUAGUAUAACCAUUAAGCACUUUUAUUUCUUUCCUAA